AUGUUUGCUCACUUGGGUCAUAUCUUAUUCUGCAACAAAUCAAAAAAGUUCUUCGAAUUAUUUCGACUUCUUUUUGAACGUCGUGCCGCUAUUCUCCUUCUGACACCAACAAAUUACAAUGUUCGUCUUUUUAAAUAUCACAUUAACCCGCUCUAUUUUAUCUCAACAAAAUUAACCGAACAACGGGAACUUUACAUUAGCAGUGAUACAUCGUUAUAUCGAAUAAAAAUUAUAUCAAUGCGCUCAUUACAAUGCGAAAGUAAAUUUGCGCUUGUACUUAUUGCUCGACGUGAAGAAGAAUUACAAAAAGUUGCCGAAUCUUGUCUUCCAAAUUGUAAAUCAUUAAUUGUGAAAGCAGAUGUCACGAAACGAAAUGAAGUUGAAUAUAUAUUGACUCAAGCAAAAAUUGCAUUUGGUCGUGUCAAUGUUUGGGUUAACAACGUUGGUCUCGGAAUUAUCCGUCCCGUUUUGCAGUUAACAGAUGACGAUGUUGAUAAGAUAAUUGCUGCUAACUUAAAAUCUGCCUUAUACGGAAUGCAAAUAGCCAUCAAACAUUUCCAAGAUGAUCAAAGCGGUCAUGGUCAUUGUAUUAAUAUUUCAUCAGUACUUGGUCGCAUACCUUACGUGGGAUUGCGAUCGAUGUAUAGCGCAUCAAAAGCAGCAUUAAACUCCUUGACAACAAAUGUAAGAAUUGAUUUAAAAAUGGAUCCAAAAUGUCAAAACAUUCAUCUAACAACUAUUCUACCAGGAAUGGUACAGACAGGUUUUUCUGAAAACGGUAUCGGAAAUACACAAGAGUAUACAUUACCCUACUUGGGUCCUAUGCCAAGCACAGUACAAAGUGUAGAAGAUGUUUGUAAAGUUAUCGCAGAUGUGAUCAAUUAUAAAGGAAAUGCACCACCACGAGAUGUGUAUACAAACCCUGAACAUAAAGCCUUGGUUAGACAAUAUUACAAUGACAUAGCACUUUUUGAAGAUGUUUUAAUUCCAAAUCAAUAA